AGAGAGAAGAAAAAACUUGGGAAAAAAAAUGAGCGGCGUUCACAGGGAUUAAGAAGGAGGGGUUGGCGCGAACUUCAACGAUGCUUCUGGAGCAAAUGUCAACUGUGGCCCCUCGGGAAUAAACAUUGCAAUGACAACUAGUAUAGCCUCUGGAACUGGCAAAUUACAAUUUGGGGAGACGGUCUGCGGGGGACAAAGUUGCAGGCAAGCUUCUCGUGUUUCUGGUAUAGCCUUCCAGAGAUGUAUGCCAAAGAAGCUUUCUUGGCCAUAUGGGGUGUCCAAGUUCUUGGGGAUCCAGAGAUGCAACUAUUCCUAUUUUCAAAUUUCUGAGAAUCAGAGGCCCCUUAGAACAAUCAUUGCAGCAUGCCUGAAAGAUGAUUCUACAAAGUAUUUUGAUUUUUCUGUUAUCGGUAGCGGAGUUGCCGGUCUCCGUUAUGCCCUUGAAGUUGCAAAAUAUGGAACUGUUGCCGUGAUAACCAAGGCUGAGCCUCAUGAAAGCAACACAAACUAUGCUCAGGGUGGUGUUAGUGCCGUGUUGGGUCCUUCUGAUUCAGUGGAGUCUCACAUGCGGGAUACAAUGAUAGCAGGGGCUUAUCUAUGCGACGAAGAGACUGUCAGAGUCGUGUGUACAGAAGGACCUGAGAGAAUUAGAGAAUUGAUUGCUAUGGGUGCGUCAUUUGAUCAUGGGGAGGAUGGAAACUUACAUUUGGCAAGGGAAGGAGGUCACUCUCAUCGCAGAAUUGUGCAUGCUGCUGAUAUGACAGGAAGAGAAAUUGAGAGGGCACUGUUGGAGGCAGUAGUAAAGGAUCCUAAUAUCUUUGUGUUUGAACACCAUUUUGCAAUAGACUUGCUGACUGCACAGGAAUGUUCUGAGACGGUUUGUCUUGGUGUCGACACUUUAAAUACUGAAACCCAAGAGGUGGUUCGAUUUAUUUCAAAGGUGACUUUGCUCGCAUCAGGUGGGGCUGGACAUAUCUAUCCCACAACUACAAAUCCUCCAGUAGCCACUGGAGAUGGAAUGGCUAUGGCCCAUCGAGCUCAAGCUGUAAUUUCGAACAUGGAAUUUGUGCAAUUCCACCCCACUGCCUUAGCUGAUGAAGGCCUUCCAGUUACACCAAUCAAGGCCCGAGAAAAUGCCUUCUUAAUCACUGAAGCUGUCAGGGGUGAUGGAGGCAUCCUCUACAAUUUAGGCAUGGAGAGGUUCAUGCCCUUGUACGACGAGAGGGCAGAGCUUGCUCCUAGGGAUGUGGUCGCAAGAAGUAUAGAUGAUCAGCUCAAGAAGCGAAAUGAGAAGUACGUAUUACUUGACAUAAGUCACAAACCUAGAGAAAAAAUUCUUUCUCACUUUCCUAACAUAGCUGCUGAGUGCCUGCAAUAUGGCCUAGAUAUAACCUGCCAACCAAUUCCAGUGGUUCCUGCUGCUCAUUAUAUGUGCGGAGGAGUUCGUGCUGGGCUCCAAGGGGAGACAAAUGUGCGAGGUCUUUAUGUGGCAGGUGAGGUUGCAUGCACAGGUUUGCAUGGAGCAAACCGUCUUGCUAGCAACUCGUUGCUUGAGGCACUAGUAUUUGCAAGAAGAGCUGUGCAGCCUUCAAUAGAUCAGAUGAAGAGCUCUCACACUGGAAAUGGUGCUUCCGAUUGGUGGGCUCGACCAGUUGUGCCCAGGUCACUUGGGAUCAAUAUAUUGGGCAAAAUCAAUACUAGGACAAGGGAAGUGAGAAAACAAUUGCAAUCCAUAAUGUGGAAGUAUGUUGGAAUUGUUCGGUCAACAACGAGGCUGGAAACUGCUGAGCAGAGGAUCGGGGAGUUGGAAUUGGAAUGGGAGACCGACUUAUUUCAGCAAGGGUGGGAACCAACAACAGUGGGGAUCGAGGUUUGUGAAAUGAGAAACCUCUUCUGCUGUGCCAAGCUGGUGAUAAGCAGUGCCCUUGCAAGGCACGAAAGCCGUGGGCUGCACUACACCAUUGAUUUCCCUCAUUUGGAAGAAAGCAAGAGGCUGCCAACAAUAAUCUUCCCUUGUUCACCUGUGAAUAGCACUUGGAGUUCACGGCAACUACAUCAUCAACAAAUGUGUUAGAACUGUACAGGGCUUAUUUAACUGGUCACCCCUGCCAAAACAUAUAUGCACUGGGUUCCAUUUAUUGUCAUUUUUACUUUAGAUUAGCAUUCAAGAAACCUUCCACAAGAUUAAUUUUGUAAUCUUUGCAUUGUUGGUGCAUUCCAAAGGUUGUUUUUCUUUUUCUUCUCUCUUCUUGGACUAAACGAGACUGGUGAUAUAACGUGGAUUUUUAAUCUAUGUAAUCACUCAAGAAUCA